AGAAAAGGAUGAUGAUGGCGGAAAUGGGCCUUCAGAUUGGGCUGGGCCUCGUUUGGAUCUCAAUGCAGCCCAAUAAAGGUAAUUUCGUAAUUAUGCUGCAUGAUGAUAACCCUAGCAGCCGAGGAGUCCUAUAAAAGGCGCUCGUGCGAAGAGGUGCUUCUACUUACACGCGGCGCGAGGGAGGUCGGCCAAGAUGCAGAUCUUUGUGAAAACCCUAACGGGGAAGACCAUAACCCUCGAGGUCGAGAGCAGCGACACCAUCGACAAUGUCAAGGCCAAGAUCCAGGACAAGGAAGGGAUUCCGCCGGACCAGCAGCGGCUGAUCUUUGCGGGGAAGCAGCUCGAGGAUGGAAGAACCCUCGCCGACUAUAACAUCCAGAAAGAGUCGACGCUGCAUCUGGUGCUGAGGCUGAGGGGUGGGAUUAUCGAGCCCUCGCUUAUGGCUUUAGCCAGGAAAUACAACCAGGAAAAGAUGAUUUGCAGAAAAUGCUAUGCAAGAUUGCAUCCGAGGGCUGUUAACUGCCGCAAGAAGAAGUGUGGUCAUAGCAAUCAGCUGAGGCCGAAGAAGAAGAUUAAGUAAAUUGUGGAUGGAUAGAACAACGUUGCUGCUGAGCCUGGAUGUUAGGUGUCAUCUUAUUUCUCCAUUGGCAAUAGACUACAUGUUGAAGUUUUUGUUGGUUGUUAUGGACUAAGUUUUAUCGUAUACUUGUCAUAAUUUUGUGAACAUUAGCAACAGGGAUUCUUGUUAUACAUGUUUCCUGUCGUAUAAGAUGCGUUGUUUCGUUGCUAGUA